GUACCCUUUUACUCCGGAAGAACUUUGUUAUUGUUAUGAAUAAGGGGAUGAUAAAAACAAAAUCAUGGGUCCACUGAAAUCAACUAACUUUCAUUGAUUACUGGAUGAUAGGCUGAUUGGCCUCAUUAUGAACUUUGAGGGUCUUGAUCAAGGGAUGGGCGAAUAUACGUCUUCCCUGCAUGGGAGCAUGGAGCCGGGUAUGGAGCCAUCCAUGGAUCCGCGACUCAAUCCCAGUUUACUGCAAGGUGUGGAGCUCGAUUCAGAUGGACUUGCAGUGACAGGACCUGAGUCUGUACAUAUGCUAGAAGGAAUGUUCUCUGAGCUGCACAGUGUGGCUGCAGAGGUGGGUAUUCCCGUCACUGCUACUCAUUUCGACCUGCAAGAGGAGCUGCUUUGGAUGGGAAACCACAGGGGACAUGCUAGCUCCUUUUUUGGUCCCACCAUGGGUCGCUACUCUUCUAUCCAAGUGCACUCAACUGAUGACAUAAGACACAUUCAGAGCAUAGAGACAGGGGUGCUAUUCCUUUCCAAGGGGAACCUCAAGUGCCUAACCCGAGGCGGCCUUGUCAUGUUUGACUACCCAAUGGAGGAGGGAGCUGAUAUGCACGAUUUGCUCAUGACUGAUAAUAACACAUUGAUCAUGGGUGGACUGCAAAACUAUGUUAUCGAAGUUGACCUAAAUACCGUGCAAGAGACUCAGAGGUUCACCGUAGAGGAACCCGGGCUGGCUAUCAUGCGCCAGUCUAAUCGUUUCUUUUUCUGCGGCCAUACAUCCGGGAAGGUUACCCUUCGUGACGUGCGCACCUUCCAGCUGGAACAAGAGUUUGAUGCCUUCUCUGGGAGCCUGUCAGACUUUGACGUCCAUGGCAACCUCCUGGCUGCAUGCGGGUUCUCUAGUCGUGGGAUGAAUGGGCUGGCGUGUGAUCGUUUUCUAAUGGUCUAUGACCUCCGCAUGAUGCGCGCUGUGACUCCACUGCAGGUUCAUGUGGAUCCCCUCUUUCUUCGCUUCAUUCCCACAUACACAUCACGCCUGGCCAUCAUCUCACAGACAGGUCAGUGCCAGUUCUGUGAGCCUACUGGGCUAGCCAACCUGGCUGAUGUUUUUCACGUCAACACUGUGGGCCAGUUGCUCAUGAGCUUUGACGUGUCGUCUAGCAAGCAGGCCUUAGCCUUCGGCGAUUCUGGGGGCGGUGUCCACCUGUGGUCUGAUGCCCCAGAGGUUUCCUUCAAUGACUACUCCAGGGACACUGAAUUUGCCCUGCCAUGCCUAGUGGACUCCUUACCUCAGCUUGACUGGAGCCAUGACUUGCUGCCCUUGUCACUCAUUCCUAUGCCCCUGACCAGCUCAGAACAAUUGCUUUCUGACUGGCCUACCCCUCUGGCUACCCCUAGCCCAAGACGAUCACCUGCCGUGGAUCCAGAAAUUCUGCGUACAAUUAAAACAGUUGGUUUCAUUGGUUAUGCUGCCAAUCCUCGCACCCGCCCCAGGAACCAGGUUCCUUAUAAGAUUAAAGAGGUGGAACUGGACUAUGAUAAUUACAAUCAGGUUCCUGAAUCGCCUAUAGGCCGUGACGAAGAGCCACACCUCUACAUGGUACCAAAGAAGUUCAGGAAGGUAACCAUCAAAUACUCAAAACUUGGGCUUGAGGACUUUGACUUUAAACAUUACAACAGGACCUUGUUUGCUGGCCUGGAGCCUCACAUUCCCAAUGCCUACUGCAACUGCAUGAUCCAGGUAUUGUAUUUCCUGGAGCCAAUCCGCUGCCUGGUCCAGAAUCACCUCUGCCAGAAGGAGUUCUGUUUGGCAUGUGAGCUUGGCUUCCUCUUCCAUAUGCUGGACCUGUCGAGGGGAGACCCCUGCCAGGCCAGUAACUUUCUGCGAGCCUUUCGUACCAUCCCGGAGGCGUCUGCCCUGGGCCUGAUCCUUGCCGACUCAGACGAGCAGACAGGGAAGGCCAGAUUGGGGCGUCUCAUUCAGAGCUGGAACCGCUUUAUCCUCACCCAGCUCCACCAGGAGACCCAGGAACAAGAGGGCCCACAGGCAUACAGAGGGGCCAGUAGCAGUGCCCUGGGAUCCUCGGGCGAGUCUGUGAUUGGACGGCUGUUUGGGUGUGAGGUUGAGAACAGCAGCUUGUGUCGUUGUGGCAAGGAGACAGUGCGCUCAUCCCUGACCCUGCUCUUAACCAUGCACUACCCUGAACAGAGUUCGCUCGAUAAGACAAUCAAGGAGUAUGAUUUUGCUGAGAUCCUGAAGAAGAGCAUAUGUCUGGAGCAGAGCACUCAGGCAUGGUGUGAGAAUUGUGAGAAGUAUCAGCCCACAGUGCAGACCCGUAACAUCCGUUGUCUCCCAGAUGUACUGGUCAUUAACUGUGAGGUGAACAGUGUGAAGGAGGCGGAGUUCUGGAAGGCUCAGGCAGAGUAUGCUUUCAAUAAGGCAAUAGAAAAAGAGGCAAAUGAGCCCCCAAAGCCUAAGGAACCUCCCCCACCCAUCCCCACGGAGUGGUGCUUAGAGGAAGAGUUAUGUAACGUGGAGGGAUUGACCUUUGACACGAGAGUGGAGGACCUGCGGCAUGUCUGGAUCCCCCUUACCCUGAAGAUGUCCAUCAGCAAGAGCCAAGGGCUGGAGGUCAGCAGUUGGCCGGAAGCCGAAGAGCUGAGUUCUGCUGAGGAGGCUGAGGGGGUGUCUCUCUAUGACCUGGUGGUCACUGUGCCUCAUGUCCUGGAUGCUCGCACCGGAGGUAACUUGGUAGCACACAUCAAAGUAGGAGAGACCUACCACCAGAGAAAAGAGGGUGUCACACACCAACAGUGGUACCUGUUCAAUGACUUCCUGAUUGAGCCGAUUGACAAGGCUGAAGCAGCUCAAUUUGAUGUGAACUGGAAAGUGCCAGCCAUCCUCUACUAUGCUAAGAGGAACUACCACUCUAAAUAUGACCUCCGUAUUAAGAACCCCAUAGAGGCCAGCGUGCUGCUCACAGAGGCUUCUUUGGCACGGAAACAGAGGAAGAGUCAUGCUACUUUCAUCCCUCUAAUGGUCAGUGAGAUGCCCCAGGCUGGAGACUUGGUGGGGCUGGAUGCUGAAUUUGUCACACUCAACCAGGAGGAGGCAGAGCUGCGCAGCGAUGGCACAAAGUCCACUAUCAAGCCCAGUCAGAUGUCUGUGGCUAGGAUCACAUGUGUGCGUGGCCAGGGUCCCAACGAGGGGGUACCCUUCAUUGAUGACUACAUCUCCACUCAGGAGCAGGUGGUGGACUAUCUGACGCAGUAUUCAGGCAUCAAACCAGGGGACCUGGAUGCGAAAAUUUCCUCCAAGCACUUGACCACUCUAAAAUCAACGUACCUAAAGCUGCGCUUCCUCAUUGACACCGGAGUGCGCUUUGUUGGGCACGGCUUACAGAAGGACUUCCGUGUUAUCAAUUUACUGGUGCUGAAAGACCAGGUGGUUGACACUGUUUACCUCUUCCAUAUGCCCCGGAAGAGGAUGAUCUCCCUGCGUUUCCUUGCCUGGUACUUUCUGGACCUCAACAUCCAGGGUGAGACUCAUGACAGCAUUGAGGAUGCUCGCACCGCCUUGCAGCUUUACAGGAAGUAUCUGGAGCUAAGUCGUGGAGGCGGUAAUGAUGAAGUACGGAAGGUGCUAAAGGGACUGUACGAGAAAGGCCGCAAGCUUGACUGGAAAGUCCCGGACUGUGACACUGGAGAUGGUCAAGGUAGCCCAAAAAGUAAUGCUGUCUUUCCCUCUGUGAUGGGGCUGUGAGCAGUGCUUGAAGACAUCCAAGGGAUCAAGAAAUUCAAGUCAAUUGUAUUUCCCCGUCGUCCAGUGACUCGUUUCUGAAACCGUUUUCACACGUGGUUGUCCUGCUUGCCUGAACAUCAUAUCAUUCCUGAGUUUCUAACAUUAUUGAAACAAACACUGAACAGUGUUGAUUUGCAAUUGUAUGGUUUUAUUUGUCCUUUAUAAUUUGUUUUGUAAAGAGUGUAGUUGAACAUGAUGCUGUCAUAUGGGCAAAAACAUGCAUUUGUAUAUGGAGUGUCUGGUGCAUUUUUUUAUCCAUAAGGUGUAAUAAAUGUCUGCAAUACCUGAA